AUGCAUGCAACUGGCCCGCCCCAGUAUAAGCGGCUACAGGCUCUGCGGACGGUGUUAGGACUUGAGACCUCGCAUGCUGAGACGCCUGGCAUACAGUCUGUGCAAGACCCUGUCCGGAUUGGUGCCGGUAGCUACGCCGUGGGGGCGGAGGAACAUGAAAUCGCACAGCGUGACGAUGGCGAUCCAGCGGCCGUAGUUCAAUCCAGUGCAAGCCCCAGCCGGAUGGCAGACGGUAGCGAGGGGGCCUAUGGCCAGGGACAGGUCUUCCCUCUUUUGAAUGAGUACAGUUUUACGAAUUCUACUCUUCGAAGAGCAUCGCAUGACAAGCUGACACAUAUCUAG